GAGGGAGGGGUCGGCCUGCGGGUAGCCAGAGGCUGGGGUGGCUGUGGAGCCUGUGGUGGGAGCGGGAUUGUGGGGCAGAGAAAAGGUGAGCCGAGCCGACGGAGGGGACGCGCUGCGGGUCGCCCCCAGUCUAUGGAGCGGGGUAAAAUGGCGGAGGCGGAGAGCCUGGAGACAGCGGCAGAGCACGAGCGGAUUCUGCGAGAGAUCGAGAGCACUGACACGGCCUGCAUCGGGCCCACGCUCAGGUCUGUUUAUGAUGGUGAAGAACAUGGACGUUUCAUGGAGAAGCUUGAAACUCGUAUCCGUAAUCACGACCGAGAAAUUGAGAAAAUGUGCAAUUUUCAUUACCAGGGCUUUGUGGACUCUAUAACUGAACUGCUGAAAGUAAGAGGAGAAGCCCAGAAACUCAAAAAUCAAGUGACGGAUACCAAUAGAAAACUACAACAUGAGGGAAAGGAACUGGUAAUAGCAAUGGAAGAGCUGAAGCAGUGUCGACUACAACAGAGAAAUAUUUCUGCCACUGUUGAUAAAUUAAUGCUGUGUCUUCCAGUCCUAGAGAUGUACAGCAAACUGAGGGACCAGAUGAAAACUAAAAGGCAUUACCCUGCACUGAAAACUCUGGAACAUCUAGAGCAUACCUACCUGCCUCAAGUAAGCCACUAUCGAUUCUGCAAGGUGAUGGUGGACAACAUCCCCAAGCUUCGGGAAGAAAUAAAAGAUGUUUCUAUGUCCGAUCUCAAAGACUUUCUGGAGAGCAUCCGCAAACAUUCAGACAAAAUUGGAGAGACUGCCAUGAAGCAAGCCCAGCAGCAAAGAAACCUGGAUAACAUCGUCUUGCAACAACCCAGAAUAGGUAGCAAGAGGAAAUCUAAGAAAGAUGCAUAUAUAAUCUUUGAUACAGAGAUAGAAAGCACUAGUCCCAAGUCUGAACAGGAUUCAGGAAUUCUGGAUGUUGAAGAUGAGGAAGAUGAUGAAGAGGUACCUGGGGCCCAAGAUUUGGUGGAUUUCUCUCCAGUUUAUCGAUGUCUACAUAUAUAUUCUGUCCUGGGUGCCCGGGAAACAUUUGAGAAUUACUACCGAAAACAGAGGCGAAAACAGGCUCGUUUGGUACUUCAACCUCCAUCUAACAUGCAUGAAACUUUAGAUGGCUACAGGAAGUAUUUUAAUCAAAUUGUAGGCUUUUUUGUGGUUGAAGAUCACAUUUUACAUACAACCCAGGGCUUAGUAAAUAGAGCCUACAUUGAUGAACUGUGGGAAAUGGCACUUUCAAAAACCAUCGCAGCACUCCGUACCCACUCGUCUUACUGUUCUGAUCCAAACCUUGUGUUAGAUUUGAAGAACCUCAUUGUGCUUUUUGCUGACACACUUCAGGUGUAUGGUUUCCCUGUAAAUCAGCUUUUUGACAUGCUGUUAGAAAUCAGAGACCAAUAUAGUGAAACUCUGCUAAAGAAGUGGGCAGGUAUUUUCAGAAACAUACUUGAUUCUGACAACUACAGUCCUAUACCAGUAACAAGUGAAGAGAUGUACAAAAAGGUGGUAGGACAAUUCCCAUUUCAAGAUAUAGAACUGGAAAAGCAACCAUUUCCAAAAAAGUUUCCUUUCUCUGAAUUUGUGCCAAAAGUUUACAACCAAAUUAAAGAAUUUAUCUACGCUUGUCUGAAGUUUUCAGAAGAUCUUCAUCUAAGCUCAACUGAAGUUGAUGACAUGAUUCGUAAAUCAACAAACCUGUUGCUAACCAGGACCCUGAGCAACUCUCUGCAGAAUGUCAUUAAAAGAAAGAAUAUUGGGCUUACUGAGCUUGUCCAGAUUAUUAUCAAUACAACACAUUUGGAGAAAUCCUGUAAGUACUUGGAAGAAUUUAUCACCAACAUCACUAAUGUGCUUCCAGAGACAGUUCACACUACCAAGCUCUAUGGCACCACAACUUUUAAGGAUGCUAGACAUGCAGCUGAAGAAGAGAUUUAUACCAACUUAAACCAGAAGAUUGAUCAGUUCCUACAGCUGGCAGACUAUGACUGGAUGACCGGAGAUUUGGGCAACAAAGCUAGUGAUUACCUGGUAGACCUCAUUGCCUUUCUUCGUAGCACCUUUGCUGUAUUCACACACCUUCCUGGAAAGGUGGCCCAGACAGCAUGUAUGUCAGCUUGCAAGCAUUUAGCCACAUCCUUGAUGCAACUUUUGCUGGAAGCUGAAGUGCGGCAACUCACCUUGGGAGCAUUACAGCAGUUCAACUUGGACGUCAGAGAAUGUGAACAGUUUGCCAGAUCCGGCCCGGUGCCUGGGUUCCAGGAGGACACGCUGCAGUUGGCCUUCAUCGACUUGAGACAAGUAUUAAAUGCCUUACAUCGGAGAGAAUUUCAGAGCACACUGCCCUCCCUGCCUUGGAUCUACAGGCAAACCUUUUCUGUAAAAGACUGGAUAGUGGAUAUUUUAAGCUUCCCAUGUCAUAUGCUUUUGGAUCUUUUCAUCCAGUGGGAUUGGUCAACCUACCUUGCUGACUAUGGUCAGCCCAACUGCAAGUACCUCCGGGUAAACCCAGUGACUGCUCUGACCCUGCUUGAGAAGAUAUCUAGAGAGAUGAAGGAUACUAGCCGCAAGAACAACAUGUUUGCACAGUUUCGGAAAAAUGAGCGAGACAAGCAGAAACUCAUUGACACUGUGGCCAAGCAGCUCCGAGGACUCAUCAGCAGCCACCACUCAUGAAGGGUGGCCCCGGACCCACAGAGGCAACCUGCUGCAGCCCCCUAGUCUGGGAUCCAGCCCCAGCUGACCCUGCAUUUGUGCAUUCUUCUUCAAAGAGAGCAUAUGUAUUUUUUUAUUAACCCCUGUGCAGUAUUCACAUAACAUUUCCCUAUAGUAAAAGAGGCACAAGAAUAAGCAAGUACAUGAGAUGUUGCUAGGCUGGGACUCAGGGGAAGUUAUUACUACACUAUCUGUGUUAUCUUAGAGAUGGUGGUAUCAUCAAUCCCACAGUGAUGAACCACCUUUCAUCCAUGGCUCUAAAGCUUAGGUCUGGGGCUUAGGAACCAUAAAAAGUGGGUAUCUGGUACUGGGAGGUAGAGCGAGUAAGCAAAAGGAUACUAAAAUAUGUCCUGUUCACUCUCGGAUGCCCAUUCACCGCAUAGAUGAGGCUGAUUGUUCUCAAUGCAAGGAAAGGGCCUGGCAAACAUUACUAUUUAGUACACUAAGGGCAGCUCUGGAGGGUCAUCUCCUCAGUCUACUUACUUUCACUGGCUUGUGAACAAGCAUGGCAUAUGGCAAGAUGACAGCUUCAUUACGAUCCGCCAAGAAUGGCAGUUUCUUUAGCCUGAUCUAACCCGAGGCUUUUAUUGCAAAUUUUCCUGGGGCAGGAUACAGCUAAGUACAGAGCGGUAAUAAUUGGAUCCCAUGUUUAACUGCAUAUUGCCCCAACUCUAGGAGUGUUGAGUCUCAACUCGAAGAGUUUUUCUGGAUCUUGAAAGCCAGUUUUCAUGGAAUCAGAGACCCAAUCCCUUCCCUGUUCAUCUCAUUUCCUUCAUUCACAGUCAGAGCACUUGGUUCAGAACAUAAAUCAACAGUUAUUUCCGUAGGCCUUCACAGGGUGUUUCAGACUUAGCCUUCUCCAGUAAUGCCAUUGAAAUAGUUCAGAUUUCAGAAGCCUAAAAAUGGCCCUUACCUUACCCUUAGGUGAAACCUGAGGAUUAGUUGGGAUUGUUCCUUUAUGUUUUAAAACCAGCUUUUUGGCUAUCAUCUUUAAGGAAAUGUCACCAGCUCUGCACUGUGGGGGCAGCCAUGACUGGACUGGAUGCCUCUAGGGAUGGAGACAUUAUUACCAUAAAAUUGACAGAGCCAACCGUGGCUUGUGGCUUGUUGCCUCUGGCCCAACUGUCCUUCACUAAAUAAUAUCCUAGAUAUUAUUUUGUUGCUCAAGCCCAAGGUUCCCAUCCUCUUUUGAGAUCCCCAAAGCCAUCUUUGGCUUUGUCUGAGAAAGAUUGCCUAUAAUCCUGUCCUCCAAACUCUAAAGCCUGGAGCAGCUUAGCUUGGAGGCUGCACUCAUUGUCCCAGAUGGACUCCUGAGACUUAAUGCAAGGGCUUUGCUAUGAGGUCAGUCGGGGGAAACUGUACUUUAAGACACUUCAGAAAGAUGCUACUGGCAAGUAGCAGAAAGAUGGCUACUGGCAAGAGUAUAAUUGUGCAUCACCAAUGACAAAUAAGCCACAGAGACAUUUCCAGCUUGGAUUGGUGGGAGGAGAGACUCAUCAAACAGAAUUCUUCACUACCCUUGUCAGCUACUGAGUUGCUUCUGGGGAGGGAAGUACUUCCUUCCCCCUCCCCAACCCCCCCCUACCUCACCAUAUCCUAUCAUAUCCUGAUAGUCAUGGGGAAGAGGAUGUGCACACAGACAUAUAAACUUCCUCAAAGCUGGAGAGACCAGGCUACAUGUGAGCUCACAGACGCCUCUGAGGCUCAUCCUGAGGGCUGGGUGGUUGGCCAGGGUUUCAGGAUGAGGGUAAGGGAUGAGCACUGCCACCCAGAACUUGAUAAGCCAAGAGAAGGCAGGAGCCAAAAUGGCAUCGCCAAGCUCUCAUCUUUGUUGAAACAAGUGAGAAACGAUUAUAUUAAUCUGAAGUUCUAUUGCUUGAGAAGAGUUCAAAACACUUUUCUUUGCUAGUACCCAGUUUGCAGCAAGAUCUCUUCAGCUUUAAGUGCUGAGAGACUUUGAAGUGGAAAUGGAGAGAUGUGUAAGCAUGCCACAGUGUUUGUCUUUUUAGAGGAUCAUCAUUGCUGGUCUGGUCUCAAACCUCUGCCUUGGAAGAACUGUGCUAUAGAGGAAAAGGUGAACAAGGUGGAGGAAUAGGGGUUAUUCUGCACAGAAGUCCCAUGAAAGAAAAAGCUUAUUCGAGCUCAAGAUAUAAAGAUGGACCCUUUGAUAUAUCUUCUCUCCAUUCUUAGUCUGCCUUCACCUUAUCUAACAAAAAGCAACAUGCAGCUACUGAGUUGUAUCUAGAGACAUACUCUUGGUAGGCCAGGGAAGGUAAAAACAGGGACCAGCAAUGUCAAGUUUUUGAAGUAGAAAAGUGGGAUGUUUUUAGUUUUGUCUAUAACCUGUAGCUGGGCGAACCCUUGAGAGGACUUGUGCAAAGCAUAUGUGCCCAGACCCAUCAGACUCCUCAGAUAUGGCCUCAAAUUCCUAGAGAUGUAGAAGUACCAUGGAGGGCCUCAAUAAGAGGGCAAGCACACAGAUGGCUAGAAGCCUAUAUGGCUUCUGGUCAGGAUGAACCCUUGGCCAAGUUCUUGGGGAAACCAGGUCUAUAUUCUUGAAGGGACAGUCCAGUUUGGGACUGUAUUAGGUUUCAGUAGUAAUAGAGGCUGCUUGCAUCAUUUUAACAUUCAUAGGGAAAAUCUCUUUGAGCAGGCUAUAAAUGAAGCUGUUGCAGGUAGGGAGGAACAGGACCUGAAAAUGGGAACCAGGAAGUGAGAUCCUGUUGGCAAAGGGAAGGUACAGCUUCCAGGGUGCAUUGCCCAGUGUUCUCAUUGCAUACCAGUCCUCCAAGUCAGUCUAGCCUUACUGUACACUUGGCAAGUGCUUACUCAGCAAGUCCCAGACCCACGGCCUUUUAUCUCCCAAGAUUGGCUUUGGCCAUGACCUUCCUCAUGAGGCCUCUGAGCACACUCUCUAGGAACUGCUACAGAAAUUCCCCUACCUUAGCCUCCCUUCUCCCAGGACUCCUCUCUUGACUGCAAUUGCCUCUUCUUCUUCUUCUUUUUUUUUGCCUGCAUUCACAAUUACUUUUCACAAAGGUGUUGGAAAUGGCGUUUUUAUUUUGCAGAUAGUUGCACACUUAUAGAGAAAAUUAGGAAAGUCCAUUUUUAACUCUAAAGGGAACUUUUUUCUCUCAAACUUACUUGUAAAGCUACUGAUACAGAUGGGAAAGCUCCUCUGUGAAAAGAGCAUGUUUAUUCCUCUUGUACAUUUUCCUCUUUUAACUGCUAUUAAACAAGAAAGCCUACAUACCUGUUUCAAAAGCCA